CCAAACAAAGAGAACGAGGGGAGAGAAGAGUAGCAGUAGUUGAGGGUGGCAAUAAUUGUUUGGGAAUCCGGGGCGCUACUCACUGUUUCCAUCUCCUAGAGCUGAAUUCUAAGAUAUCUCAUCUCUCUCUCUCUCUCUUCCUCUUCGCCGUCACGGCGGCACUCACUUGUUCAGCUGCUCUCCCUCCCUUCCAUUUGGCGGUGCAAGUUGUGGAACUGGCGCACGGCUUUGCUUUGGUCUUCUCCUUCCUUUCUGAGCGCAUAUAAGCAAGCAGUUUCUCGCCUUUGGUGGAGGCGGGGCCGCCGCUUUUUGGUUGCGUUCUCCCUUCCCCUCUCCUGCCUUCCCAUUGGAGCGCGCAAAGCUGGACGGCACCAUUUAAAGAAGGUGAAGGGCACGGAGGAGGAGGAGAGAUCGCCAGCUCACACACCAUUCACGCAAGGAUCGCGCCGCUGCACGUUGGCCUCCUCUGCUUCUGCUGCGCCGCGAGGACGGACGGACGGACGGACGGAUCGUUGGCGUUGGCCCAGGUAGUUUAGUUCGGAGGUUACUCUUGCAAAUCAUCGUCAUAGUUUGGAUGGCAUCAAUGGUUAAUUUGAUGAGUUUAUGGAACCCUGGAUGCCAAGCUCAUCUAGGUUGCAUCACAGUGGAACUGUAACAUUUGCUACAGAAGUUCCCUCAUUUUAGAAGAAAGUUUCAAGGUGGAUUAACAAAAUAUAAGUGUUCUUCUGAAGCUUGAUGUUGUUUCUAUAAGGGUGAAGCGGGAGUGCAGAAUUUCGUCUGGCAUGCAGAUGUCAACAGAUCCUAAUCACUAUGAGGUAUUUCCACAUUCAUUCUGCGACCAACAUGUGGUUUCGUUUCAGACGAGUUUAAUUACCAGUGGAUCAGGAGCCAUGCCAGUUUGUCUGGACACUUCCAGCGGAAUUAAUGGCAAUAUGGCGAUGUUGAACACUACACCUUCAACAAUUGUAUCCACUGGUUCACCAAACAUGGUUUCUGAUUCUAGCCAGAGCAUCAACUAUAGCACACCUAUGGCUGUGGAGUGGUCCUAUCUUGAACUGCAAAUUCUGAACGAUGCCCUCAACAAGUAUGCAAAAGAACCAGGAAUCAUGAAGUACAUCAAGAUAGCAGCCAUGUUACCAGACAAGACAGUAAGAGAUGUUGCCAUGAGAUGCCAGUGGAUGGCAGCGAUUUGCUCACAGAGAAAAGAAGCUACAAGACAACGGAAACCUGAAGAACGCUAUCUUGGAAAAAAGAUAAAAGAUAGAAAGGACAAAAUGGCUGAGCCAUCAUCGUGGGCUACUAAUCCUCUUGUUCAGACAGAUAUGAGAGCUUCUUCCUUUAUGUCGUGUAACACCAGACACAAUAGCAGAUUUCUAUCUGGAGACUCGCAAUUUGAUCAUGCAAUGCUAAAUAUAUUGGAAGACAAUGCUCGAUUUCUCAACCAAAUAGAAGCAAAUAUUUUAACAUCACAGGGUCAGAGCAACAUUGAUCUUUUCCGUCACACAAGAAGGAACAUCAAUGGUCUUCUACAAAGCAUGAGCCAAAUGCCCGGAAUAAUGAGCAAGAUGCCUCCAUUGCCUAUUUCGGUGGAUGAAAAGCUAGCUAGUUACCUACUUUCUGGCGCUCCUAUGGCACAAGUUCUUGGGAGCAGUCAUUUGAAAGAAGAGCCAAGAGGAUGGUAGGCCACUGCCAGAUAGGGCAGCAGCUCAAUUUUCAGCGGUAGUUUAAUCAAAAAUACCCGGAGAGUCAUUUGCUUCAGUAUCUGCGUGGAGAAGCAAAGGUGAAACAAAGAUCCUGCUUUUCCAAUGUAUGAAAGCUAUAGAAGCAAUGCGAGCCACUUCAUUAAAUGACCUUCAAGAACAACAGCCUAGCUUGCCUUCUCUGAGAGCUUAUAUUAGUGAUGAUUGAGAUAGUGAGAGUUUUCCGUAAUCUGCAGUCUUCCGCACCUUGGUUGCACAUAUUGAUUCUUUUUGGUUUCUCCUGGUGUCUUUUGCUCCAGACGGAGUGGUGAUCGAUGUUAACAGAGGUGUAGCAUAGAAACUUGAUAUGAAUGAUUAGCAGGAAAAGCCUUUAUGUCAGUUACAAGGUAACCAACCUUUCUGUGUGUA